CCGGUGCCACAGCUGCUGACAUACGAGGGAGUCCGCAUAAGGAUGAUGGACAUAAUUUUUCACGAGGUAGCAACCCUCAUUGCACCUAAAAAGGCAAAGUGGGCUACCAUAGGAUGCACGCUGCUCACAGACGGGGCUACUGACACGACCAACAAGCCCAUCAUGAACUUCAUAGCAGCAGCACAGUCCGGACCCAUCCUCAUCCGGACCAUCGACAUGUCACAUCGGGAGAAGACGGGAGUCGGCCUGGAAGACAUAUGGGAGGGGUGAUCAGAGAUAACAUUGGCAUUGACAAAGUGAAUGCCAUCUGCACCGACAACGCAGAAGUGAUGAAGACAGCAACCGGCAUCUUGCAGUCACACCCCGACCCGGCUAUGCGUCACAUACCUUGGAUCCCGUGUGCAGCACAUUGCUUGAGCUUACUGCUGAGGGACAUUGCGUCGCAGCCUUGGGCGGCCACUGUAAUGAAGAAGGCGCACAAGUUAGUCAAGCUCAUGCGCAACAAACAGCGAGCCCUAGCCCUUCACAAGGCCAUGAGGAAUGCGCUAGUACUGAAGCGACCAGCGGAGAUACGAUUUGGGACAGCGUUCAUGAUGCUGGAGAGGCUAUAUGAGCAGAGGGGUGUGUUAGACAAGCUCGUGUCAAGGGAGUUGUGGGCGCAAGUGCGAUGGACAGGGGAUGCGAGGAGGGAUGAGCCCGAGGUGCGCAGGAUGUGCAGAGACGAGUCUUGGUGGGAGAGGGUGAAGAUGGUCGUGGACGUCAUGGCCCCGUGCUACAGGUUCCUCAGGAAUAUGGACAGGGAUGGGUCAUCACCCACAGGAUUGUGGGAUUUGGAGAGCAUAUUGCGGGGGAGGGUCAGGAGCCUUGGACUGACAAAGGAUGAGAGGAGGGCGAUCAUGGAUAUCAUAUCCGACAGAUGCAGGAUGAUGCGUCAGCCUGCCCAUGCGGCUGCGUAUCCGUUGGAUCCUCGCCGUCGUGAUAUCUCGUUGCUGACGGACCGCAACAACCCAGUCGUGCAGAGCGCGCUAGACCACUUGGCUCGCUGGCAGGGUGCAGGUUGGGAGUCUGAUUCUUUGCAUAAGCUUUGGCAGGCAUUGUGGACUUUCCAUUGCGAGGACCCUCGCUAUUGGCCGAGGAGUGGAGCGCAUUGGUGGGACGAGUUUGCGGUGAAGGACGCGGCAGAGGGGGGGAUGCAUGCAACGAUGUGGUGGGAGCUUCACGGUGGUCAGGAGCCGAGACUGCAGACGAUUGCGAAGAGGGUUUUGGGUAUGUGGUCCACGGCCAGUCCUUGCGAGAGGAACUGGUCCACCCACGAUUUCAUCCACACGAAGAGGAGGAACCGCCUUUCUGCAGAGAGUGUCGAGAAGCUGGUUUUCAUUCACUGGAACUUGCAGCUUCUCAGUGCCAGCAGGAGGAGGGACAGGCGGUACAUUGAUGUGUGGGAGGACCAGGUGGAGGACCUCGCGGAGGAGAUCGAAGGUGACGACAGUGUCCUUGCAGAGGAUGCGGUGUGGAUGCACAGAGAGAUGAUGGAGGCGCAGCAGGAGCGGAGAGAUGCGAGCUGUACGUUGCCUGAGGACCAGCAUGACUUAUUGGACGAGUGGGGUAGAGCAGACCCUCACACCGAUUUCGACGCCUACAUCGGGCAGAGUGUGGAUACCGUGAGGAGUCUACUGGGGAGGGUUGGGGGUCGGUUAGAUUUGGAGGAGUUUUUGACCAGGGAUGGCGAGGCAAGCGGCACAGAGGUAGGGCAGGAGGAGGAGAGAGGUCAGCACAUUCCACAUUCGUCGAUUGUCAAAGUGGGAGGACAUACUGCGGGUGUUCCAGUUGAUGCACGUAUGUCGGCUCCUGCAGCACCCCAUUACGCUGCUGAGAGGAUUCUGCGAGGGGCAGAGGAGGAGAUGAUUGGGAGGGAGGGUCAUCAUGCAGAUGAGAGGCUGGAGGACACACACCACGUGCGCCAGGUCGCUGAGCAGGUUGUACAUCGAGGCGGCGGUUCACAGAGCAUCACUCAGUCGGUUGUCCAGAGGGUCGUGCUACGUGGCGGGGAUGGUGAUAGACUGGUGGCGGGCGGAGGUGGAGAGCGUAGGGUCAGUGACGUCAUUCGUCCUACAGUGGUUCAGACCUCGGAGCAGAGGAUUGGUUGUGCUUCCUCAGCGCACGUGAGCCAGAUGGUGGAUGACAGGGCGGACCCAUUACCAGCGUCUGUCGCAGAGCUUGGUGCGGAGCAGAGGGUGGAGCAGAGGGUAGAUGAGAUGAUGCAGGACAGGGCGGAGCAGAUGGCUGACCAUAGGAUUGAACACCGAUCGACGACAGUUGGACGUCAUGGUGGUGGCACUUCAUCUCCCGCAGUGUCCCGUGGCAGUUCCCUACACCACCCCCCAUCGGUGACUUUACGACGCCCGACUGCGCACUCGAGUCGAGCAUCCACUUCGUCAGCGGCGGCUGCCCCUCCUGUGUGUAGUCCGUUACGCAUGCCACCGCUCCCUGCACGACUUCCAUCAGCCAUUGUUGAUAAUGUGAAGACAAGUCGUGCAGGCAGGAAGAGGAGGAGGGAGGAUGACGGAGGCGCAUUACCACCUCCUCCACGAUCGCAGGGUGGCACAGGCAGACCUCGUGGUCGCCCGCGAGGCUCAGGAUCAGGCAGGGGUCGAGGCAGGGGUCGUGAUUCAUGGGCGAUGAGUGCAUUGGGGGCAGACGACGCGGGUGAGGACAAUGUUGGGCAGGGCACCACUGCAUGCAUUGAUGUGACGGUGGGUGGUCACACGAGGUCUCAGGCCUCGAGUGAAAUUCGCAGUACGAAAUCCACUCGUAUCAUUGACGACGAUUCAGAUGCCGCCUCAAGUGAUGGCUUUUCUGGUAGUGACUACGUGGAUGAGAGGGAUAGUGAGACUCGUGUCCGGGGAGAGGACCAGAGUGGACAUGACGAUAACUCAGAUGGUAAUGGGCACGAGGAGGACUAGAGCGAUGUUCACUACUGAGGUGAGGGAUGUGUUCUGUCAUCGAUGGUUGUAGCAUGAAACUUGGGCUUUGAUGU